CACCUCGCGGUCCAAUUCGGGUUCAGUCUGGACAAACUUGAACAACCCUAGUCGUAGAGUCGGAGAACGCCUCUCUACUCAUCUCUCUGUCGCCGAUCUAAUCUCUUUUCUCCCAGUCGUCGUUCCCUUCUCACUAGUCGCGACCAUUCUGUGUCGCCGGCGGCGGGAUCUCGUCUCUCUUCUUAAGUCGCCGGGAACUUUGAGAAGAUUCGCGACCAUCACUCUGCGCGUCGUCUAUUUCGCCUUCAGCUUUCUCUCUAAGAUUUGCUCGGAACCCGGUUUCAAGUUCAGUGAGUUGCAAAGGUUCAAGGCAUCUAAGAGUGUAGUCAUCCUUGUGAUUCUCCAAAAUUGUUUGUUUCCUGAGAAGAUAUAUAAGAUGCCAAGGACAAGAGCGAGUGCUGCAGCUCCUGUUUUAAGGGAACCUGAAAAGAUAGUUGAGCCUGAAGAGCAGAUUGACUUCGAUGAAGACAAUGAAGAUGUGGAGGAAGAAGAGGUUGAAUAUGAAGAGGUGGAAGAAGAGGUGGAAGAAGAGGUAGAAGAAGAGGAAGAAGAAGAUGAGGAAGAUGAAGAAGAGGAAAAUGAUGGCUGUAGACUAAUAGAUUCAGAUGAUGUGGCAAUGAAUGCUGAUUCUCAAGUUUUAGAGAAUGAUGAUGAUGACAAGCGUACUGAGCUUCUUUCGCUUCCACCUCACGGCUCAGAAGUUUACCUAGGUGGCAUCAAUCAAGAUGUUUCUGAAGAGGAUGUGAAGCAAUUUUGUAACUCAGUAGGUGAAGUUGUUGAGGUAAGGAUAAUGAAGGGAAAGGAAUCGAAUCAGAACAAGGGUUAUGCUUUUGUCACUUAUAGAACAAAAGAAUUGGCUUCCAAGGCAAUCAAGGAACUAAAUAAUACUGAACUAAAGGGAAGAAAGGUGAAGUGCUCUGCUGCUCAAGCAAAGAAUAGGCUAUUCAUUGGUAAUGUUCCUAGACACUGGGCAGUGGAAGAUCUGAAAAGGGUUGCAAACAAGACUGGGCCCGGUGUUGUUGAUGUGGAAUUGGUCAAGGAUCCACAUAUCUCGAACCGGAAUCGCGGAUUUGCUUUCAUUGAGUAUUACAAUAAUGCAUGUGCAGAGUAUUCACGACAGAGAAUGUCUGGCCCAAAUUUUAAGCUUGACGAUAAUGCCCCAACUGUGAGCUGGGCUGACCCAAAAAGCGCAGAUUCAUCUGCUACUUCUCAGGUUAAAGCUGUAUAUGUGAAGAACUUGCCCAAAACAAUUACUCAGGAUCAGCUGAAAAGUUUAUUCCAACACCAUGGGAAGAUUACUAAAGUUGUUCUGCCUCCUGCUAAAGCUGGGCAGGAACAAAGCAGAUAUGGUUUUGUCCACUUUGCUGAAAGAUCCAGUGCCAUGAAGGCUUUGAAGAACACGGAGAAAUAUGAAAUUGACGGAAAAGUUCUGGAAUGCUCACUUGCAAAGCCACAGGCUGAUCAGAGCAGUGGAUCAAUUUCAAAGAGAGAAGUCGCUCCUCCAUCCUACCCACCUCGUAUGGGAUACGGCAUGGUUGGAACUCCUUAUGGUGCCGUAGGUGCUGGAAUUGGUCAGUCAUUGCUUUAUGGAGGAGGAGCAGCACCUCCUGGUGUGGCAAUGAUGCCAUUGCUUUUGCCAGAUGGUAGGAUCGGAUACGUCUUGCAACAGCCAGGAGUUGUGCACACACCACCACCUGCACCACGAACCAGCUUCGGUAACAGCGGACGAAAUUCAAGUGGAGGAAGGCGAAACAGCGGUGGGGACAGUGGUCGUGCCCGAAGCCGAUAUAAUCCUUACUAAGUGAAACGCCAUGGGCGUUGAUUUGUACUCUAUCUAUGGAAAUGUUAUUUAAUACUCCAUCCAUUGAAANCAAUAUGCUCUUAAAUGGGAGACAGCCCGAUUCUUUAAUAUUGUUUUUGGAAACAUUUAAUUCUGAAACCAUUAUGGAAUGAAUGGAUGUCAGGCAACAGCCAGGAGUUGUGCACACACCACCACCUGCACCACGAACCAGCUUCGGUAACAGCGGACGAAAUUCAAGUGGAGGAAGGCGAAACAGCGGUGGGGACAGUGGUCGUGCCCGAAGCCGAUAUAAUCCUUACUAAGUGAAACGCCAUGGGCGUUGAUUUGUACUCUAUCUAUGGAAAUGUUAUUUAAUACUCCAUCCAUUGAAAUGUUUACUAUAUGUAUCUCACCCAGUCGAACCCCUCCCCCCCUCCCCCUCCUCUAAUGUCAUGUUGUUGGGAUUGGAUUUUAGGCUUACAUGUAUUACUCCGUAAGAAAAUGCAACAUUGUGACCUUCAAAUUUACUCUAGUCUUAAGUCAUAUGAAUAUGUAAGAAUACAGGCUGGCUCUGUUU